AUGUGGUGGACUAUCACAGGGAAUUUUGGAAAUAUUCUUCCAAUCGAUUGGUCUAAGUCAUAUGCUCGGAAGAUUCAACUUCCCAUUUUCAACCUGAACAACAAGAAAGAUAACAAGUUUGAGAAUGAACUUGAUGUUUCUGAAGACGAAGAAUUAGCCAAAAACUUGGACAUGCACUCCCUGAUUCUAAACUCCAUGCAACAGGAGCCUAUUGUUACAGCAGAUCAAGUCAUAGAAGAAAUAGAUGAAAUCAUGCAGCAACAGGAGAGUCCCGUUACAGAAGGAACAUUGUCUGAUAUAUCCCCAGAAGAGCCUAAAGAUAGCCCCAAAGCUGCCAUUUCUUCUCUAAUAUAUGAUGGAAAGCUCAAAACUCUCAACACAUCACAGCUUCGUGAAGUCUUACUUCAAUUGGAAACCCUGAUUAAAGAUAAUUCAGAAACCCUGGUACGUCAGCUAGCCUUGAGGGAUGAGUUAGAGUUCGAGAAGGAGCUGAAGAACACUUUCAUCUCACUCUUGCUUGGGGUUCAGAACAAGAGACGUCAAUACUACAUGGAAAAAAAAAGAGGUCGUACCGGCACAGAACCAAAAUACCUAACCACUGUCAUUCCUUAUACUGCUGAACAAGGACGACCAAACAACAGGUCAUUGCAGGUUCUCAUCAAAAGUAAGAAACAAUGAAGCUCUGUGCUGGGU